GGCGUCCCUGUUGUCGGCUUCUCUUCCAACACCAUGCCUCGGAGGAGCGAACUAACAUGGAUGUCGCGGGCUGACACGGCGGAGCACACGCAGAGAUUUGGACCGGCUGUAUUAAUCCUCCGCGGCGUUUUUUUCUCCACGACGAGUCCUCGGAUGUAACGGAGGAAGGUUCCAAUAAUCUUUAUACCCGGGAUUGAGCACGAAAAGGCGGCCUCGGAUCACGCAGACGCCGCUGGAAGUUGAGCUCACCAGGGCUCAGCUCAUGCCAUGGGCAGUCAGGGCAGCCCAGUGAAAAGCUACGACUACCUCCUCAAGUUCCUCCUGGUGGGGGACAGCGACGUGGGCAAAGGGGAGAUCCUGGACAGCCUCCAGGACGGUUCGGCCGAGUCCCCGUACGCGUACAGCAGCGGCAUCGACUAUAAGACCACCACCAUCCUUUUGGAUGGGAGGAGGGUGAAGCUGGAGCUUUGGGACACGUCAGGACAGGGGAGGUUCUGCACUAUCUUCCGCUCCUACUCCCGCGGAGCACAGGGCAUCCUGCUCGUGUACGACAUCACCAACCGCUGGUCUUUUGAUGGCAUUGACAGGUGGAUACGGGAGAUUGAUGAGCAUGCGCCCGGCGUGCCUCGCAUCCUGGUGGGAAACCGGCUCCACCUGGCCUUCAAGCGGCAGGUGCCCACCGAGCAGGCUCGGGCCUACGCCGAGAAGAACGGCAUGACCUUCUUCGAAGUGAGCCCGCUGUGCAACUUCAACGUCAUCGAGUCCUUCACGGAGCUGUCGCGCAUUGUCCUGAUGAGACAUGGCAUGGAGAAGUUCUGGAAGCCCAACCGAGUCUUCAGCCUUCAGGAUCUCUGCUGCCGAGCCAUCGUGUCGUGCACGCCGGUCCACCUCAUCGACAAGCUCCCGCUUCCCGUGGCCAUAAAGUCCCACCUCAAGUCCUUCUCCAUGGCCAACGGCAUGAACGCCGUCAUGAUGCACGGACGCUCCUACUCCCUGGCCAACCCCGCCGGCGGCUCCAAGGGCAACAGCCUGAAGCGCUCCAAGUCCAUCCGUCCACCGCAAAGCCCCCCGCAGAACUGCACGCGCAACAACUGCAAGAUGUCCUAACUUCCCCCUUUCCCCUGCGGACGAUGACGAGACCCUGCGGCGUUCGCCGGGAUGCAGGAGGGCGUGAAGUGUAGGGAAGUGGCGCACCCCUCGACCCUCGGAAUGACGUGCCGCUCCCACCAUGCCCCAACCAUUCAGAUCCUUGCCAGGGGGCGUGGCCAAGGGGCCCGUCGCAGAGAAGAAGUGAAACAUUUGAGUGUCCCGCUGCUACUUAACGAGUCAGAUGAGAGAGACUGGCGCUGUCCACUUGUACAGACGUGUGUACGCUCAUUGUGUGUCUGCAUCGCAAACCUUUUUCAUCUGCUUUCUAAAAGUCAAUAAGCUAAAAGUCCUCGCACACAAGCACACUCCACCGCCUCUUUGGGUUGGCCUUUGAAUUGAUGCUGCACAAGAGGUUUAAACCCCGCCCCCAACACCUCUUCCUGACUAGUGACUCUUUACUAGCCCUCCUCAGUAGUGGUGACCAGUAAGAAGGGGUCCACUCUUUGAGGUUCCUUUUUUUUUUUGUUCCACGCAUCACCGCCUACUUUCAAGUGGGAUGGCUUGUUGCCAUGGACACCAGCCACUGCUACAAUACAUGACUCAUCUAUUUCUUGGUUUCUGGCUUGGCACAAGUCAAGGGAAAGAAAGUUUCCCUGGUUUUUCCUUUAACUGUAUUUGAUCUCCUCAUACACUUUGGCUUGCCUACUAGUACUAUGAAUACUAGUAAUGUCUACGGAUGUUCUCGUUCAUCCAGGUCGUUGUAUUCCCAGGGCGUGUAACCAAUCUUAACUGGAUUGUUUUGGGUUUUCUAAAACUGAAUCGAAUGCCAACGUGGGUUUUCCGACUCAUUUUGGGCUGUUAAUGGUCGUUCCACAGCGAUUGAGGGGAAUUUAUUGUCGGUAUUGACAGUAGGGUUGCUCUUUUUGCAUCUCAACAGUUUUAACCAUCCUUGCCCAGGCUCACCCUCCUUGUGUCGGAGUAUAGAUAGUUGAUGUUUUGGCACCAGCUGCUAGACUGGGUCUGACCGAUCUAAGCCUAUGAGCAUGAACUGAUUAAGCCUACUUGGAUGACAGGCUAAACGUUUUCUGAAACAAACCAAACAGUCCAUUGUGAUCGUUUGAACGCCCUGAGAAUACUAUUAGUAAUUCUACUACAUGCUAGUAAUACAUGCACUGAGCCCCGAUGCCGCAUUUGGCCCCUUUCCCCUCCUGAUAUGUCUGAAGUUUCUCAGGUGGUUUCUGAGACGGAGGUUAAAAAGGUAGUUUUAGCACAAACAAGCAGCAGGAAGUUGUUCUUUUUUAGGGGUCUCGUUUUGAGUGUGGAGGUGGGUGUUGGCGUGUAAACAAACAGGAAGAGUUGUCGCACCAGUGCACUUUGGAACCACAAUAAACAGGAUAGGAUAGACUUUAUUCAUCCCACCGUGGGGAAAUGAUGUGGUUGCAAAACAAUAGGUAAACAAAGGACAUUAAAGAGCAGUGAGCUACGCAACCAGCUGCCACUUCAGUGGCGCCAUUUCUACGUACAGCUACAACGAAAAAACAAAGGAGCAAUAAAUAAAUCAUAUCGCACACAUACUAAAACACAAUUUCAACACCAACGUAGUGUUACUAGUAGACACAAUCCCGUAUUUAUUAGGGGUGCGAAUCUUUCGUCACCUAACGAUUAAAUUCCGAUUCUUGGGAAUCAAUUGUCAUUUCAAACCGAUUCUCGCACUGUAUUAUUUGGUAUAAUAAUUAUAAAGAAAAACGUUUUUCAAAACAGGUUACAGGAUAUAAAAAGCUUUAAUCGAUUUUAGUUUAGAUACGGAUGAACAGGAAUCGUGAUUCAGAUAAAAAUCUAUAUUUUUGUGCACCCAAAGUAUUUAUGUUCCUCUCCAAACGCCGACCAUCAACAGUAUUCUCUGCUAAACUCCAACGCUGCUUUCAAAGCACAAUCUUGACAACUGUUUUUUAUGGCGUUCAUGUUUUUAAUCUGCCAACGAGCCCAUCUGCUUAUUAGUGCGCCGCCAAAACUAUUUGCUAAAUGUUUAUAUCGGAGGGGCAUGACUCACUGUACCCGCGAUCGCGUUGAAACUGCCCUCGUUACGCCAUCCGCUCGUGUUGGACAGCUGCGGUCCAGCUGUUCCUGCGAAACACAUCUAUCUCCUGACACACGACUGCGAGGAAAACUGGCUCUUUUCAUUGGAAGAUGUUGCUGCAUAACUAUGUGUGUGUGUGGCAUUCAUGGACGGUUGCGUGUUGCAUUUGUGUUGUGUCAGGGGUGCCCAAACCUUUUUCCCCCAAGGGCCAAAGUGAAAAUGUGCUACUGGUUUUUUACCAUGCAACAGCACCAUGUGUGAGGAAUUUAGCCUCAUACCGCCAUACAUGAAUAUUAGUCGGUAGAGACUGUCAGAUUCAAUAGAUGGCAACUAAUUGUCCUGUAAAUGGAAUCUAUAGAUUUUCUGUUAAAAAAAAUUAACUCGCAGCUCAGUUAACAGAUUUUAACCAUAAAAUGUACAGUGGUUUUGACUAGGGGUGUCAAAUUAGUUUUUUUUUCGGUUGAAUCGCGAUUUUUAUUUGUUACAAUUUUUAAUUUAAAGAAAAAAUCAAUUGAAAAUAUUUAGCUUUUUUUUAAAUGUCCUGUCCAGCGACUCAGGUAAAUCAUAUUGUUGAUGUAGAUGAUCAUAUCUGCUGCACAAAUUUACUUUAGAAAAGAGAAGUGUUGGAUACUUCUCUUGUUGCCUUAUUUGUAUUUGACUUUAUUAAAUGUUUGAGUAGAAUUUUUUUAAUCAAAACCUGUUUUCUUUUAAGUAAUAUAAACAUUUAUCAGAGCCUAUUUUAUGGAGGAAUGUAGUUCAUCAUAGAACUGGCACCCACUUAAUAUUGAUUUUGAAUCGAGAAUGGAUUCUGAAUCGAAUCGUGCGGUGCCCAAUGAUUCCCAGCCCUAGUUUUGACGUUAAAUUACUGAAAAUUGAAAAACUCUACCAAUGUUGUUUUUACAUAAAAAAUCUGGUGACUGAGCUACCAGUUGUUUUUUUUACCGUAAACAUUUACAGACGUUUUUUUUGUUUGUUUUUUACAGUGCAUUACUGUGAAUUGAAAAACAAUACCACUGCUAUUUUGACCGUAAUUUUCUGUCGACUGAGCUGCUACUUUUUUUUUUACUGCAAAAUCUGUGUUCCUUGUUUUUACAGUGCAUUACUGUAAAUGGAAAAAUGGUACCACUGGUCCUUAUACGGUAGAUUCCAGCGACUUGUCUCCCAGGUUUUUACCGUAAAAUCUUAUUAUUUUUAUUUGUAUUUUUAAUUUUUUUCGUGUAGUCUAGCAUACAUGCUAUCAAUGCUCGUGCAGCUUGGUAGCCACCCAAAUAAAAUGAGCCGACGGGCCCCGCUUUGGGCAUUCCUCACUUAGGUGCCUGUUGAGUCCGUUUUGAGAGCCUAGCAGUGAAACUGCUGAAAUGAUUCAGGUGUCGGCACAAUAAAAUUUACAUUUUGAUGCGUUCAGGGCGCCACUGGAAAUGGCAGAUGUUGCAUCCAGGUGUCAUCUGCUGCAUGGGAAUGCGAUGGCGCUGCUUUCACGGCACGUCUUCUGAUGCCGCCCCCGCACGUCGUCACAUGAUUCAGUGCUGCUGAAUAAUAGAUGCUCUUCUCAUAGAUCUCAGGAGGGCCUCAUCAGUGCGCUGCAGCUCCUCGCUCCUCUUUCAUCCUCCAGCAUCUUCCUCCCCUCUUUCCCUCUGCCAUGUUUCCUUCCACGCCACCGCACGUUGUUCUCGCCUCUUUUUCCAUCGGUUUGUUUUUUCAGAGGCUCCCCUUCCUCAGCGUGUCUUUCCUCUGUGUUUUUGAUGCCGUGCCACUUCGACUUCUAUCUGGCUCUCAAACAUUUGUCACCACCUCAGAAAACACUUGGCUCUCUAUGAACCACCAUAAUGACCAGCAUUAAAACACAGUAGCGUAGUAAGGCUGAAUAUUCGUUAAAAACAAGGCAUAAGUUUUAUUUAACAAGUAUAUUUAAUAUGUUUGCCUACUGUAACAUUACACACAACGCACAAAAAACAGUACAGUACAUUUUUACAAACUUUGUGGGCCUUCCACUAGAUACAUGGAGCCCACUUGUCACAGUUUGAGAAUCACUGUUCUAUCUCACUUGGCCAAAUCACCUUUUUAGUGUCUUUUAACCCCCUAAAUUACAUUAACUUUGAUGUUUUCAGAGAUUUACUUGUGUUUUUUCAAGCCUCCAGACACACAUGGCUUAUUUGUAUCCCCAAACAUUCUCCACACUGCAGCCCUGUGGCUCGUGCGGUUACAUUUUGGAGCCGAUCAGACCUUUUUUUUCUCUGCUUCAUGUUUUCACAAGACAACUUGUAGAUUUUGUUUCUAGCAACACUCCUGUUGGGAAUGUGUUUCCUUCCUUCCUGCGCCAGCCACUACUUUUCCACUCGCUGCUCUCCGCAAAGUGGCCACACAUACCAUCGACCAAAGCAUGCAUCAUAAAAAAAAAACAAAAAAACAUCCAAAUGAUUUGAAUUUGUUUUUUGUAUAUCCCGCAUGAUAUGUUUAACAAUCUGGAUUGAGUGUAGGGUAUAAACCACAGUAGAGAAGGGAUUCAUACGGUCCAUUUCCUGUGUUGAUUUUGCGUGAGAGGACGUGGGGGUCAGGGGGUUAAUCAUUUUGCAAUGCAGUCUGCUGAAAUGAUGGAAAGUGCCACUCUACAUAGCAAAGUUGUAAUUGCCCAUAAAACACAUUUUAAGAUAUUCAACACUCUACUGCCGUCUGGCGGCUAAAGUGGAUAGUGCAUCGCCCUAAUUUGUCACGUUUCAUGUGUCAGGUCAACCGCGACGAAUGGGGCCAUAUGAAUCCCCUUCCCACUAUACAACCGCAAAUGGAACUAAUGCUUGUGCCACUUACUGGGGGUCUUUUGCACAAAAAUGGGCUUUAAUGUAUUUCAGCUUUCUUUUUUAAGGGACGUUGUGAUGAUAAACUCUAUGAAAAAAAAAAACAAGACGUGCGUCGUCUCAGUUGGAAAAUGAAUUUGGGUCUUUGUUGUUGACAAGAAUUCCAGAAGAACUCUGAUGACGACCAAGAAAACUUUUUGUUGUUGUUACUGUCCACAGUCAUGGACUCAAACAUGUAAUUGUGUUUUCAUUUUUCUUUUUUUUGCUGUUAAAUCUUCCUCUGUGGUUUUUUUUACUCAGCUGAGAUUCUAAAUUAUUUUGUUGACAAGGAGAGAAAGAAGAUUCAGGACCCUUUCAGGGAAGCAGGGUGAUAUCGCCUGUUGGGCGUGUGCAGAGGAUCAGUGUUGUGAGAUUUAUAACAGAGACUUAGAACCACACUCAAGUGAAACACUAUUUUUGGGUCCAAAGCUGCUGAGGUGUGAAUGUGUCUGUGUGGCUGAGAAAUAAGCUGAAAUGUUUCUUUUUCUUUUCUUUUUUUAAAUUAUUGAUUGUACAGUUUCAAUGCUGUGAGUGUUUGAAGGGAGACUUUUUCACAAUAAAACAAUUGAAUG